AUGGCAUCAAAAACAUACGAGGAGUUGCAUGGGAGCAACAACUGGGAUGGUCUUCUUGACCCUUUGGACCCAGGCCUACGAACUCUUAUUCUUGGCUAUGGUGAUCUUUCUUCAGCUGCUGAACGGGCAUUCAAUAACGAUGAUGGCUCCAGGUACGCUGGCUGCAGCUGCUACGGCAAAAGCUCCUUCUUCCAAGGAGUUAUGCUCCCUUGGGCUGAAUCCAAGUACACCGUCACUUCUUUCAUCUACACCACUGCUCAUGUCGACUUCCCACUUUCUUCUCUCAUCAGUCCCAUGUCUCGUGAAAAUAGUGAAUUCGAAUCAAACUGGAUGGGGUUUCUAGCAGUUUCCAAGGAUGAGUUUAGUAAGUCCAUCGGCUGCCGUGAAAUAUGCGUGGUGUGGCGUGGGACUGUCCGAACUUACGAGUGGAUAAAUGAUAUCAAAGACGUCAAGCCAGUUACACCUGACCUACCGAUCCCUUCUGGAAAUGGCGGGAGUACUACCGGAGGUACACCCAAAAUCAUGGAAGGGUGGCUCAUAAUCUACAACACAAGUAACCCAAAUUCCGAAUCCGUGAAAACAAGUGCUAGAACACAACUCUUGGCACAAAUCAGAGGGUUACUGGUUAUGUACAAAGAUGAAAAAAUUAGCAUAACGUGCACCGGACACAGUCUUGGUGCAAGCCUAGCAAUUGUAUCUGCUUUUGACCUUGCUGCGAAUGUUGCAACGCCUGAUAUCAAGGUAUCGGCAUUUGUUUUUGCUUCUCCACGAGUGGGUAACCAGGAUUUCAAAGAAAAGAUGGAGGAACUACACAACCUCAAAGUAAUGAGCAUAAAGAAUGUGAAUGAUAUCGUCCCUAAGUGGCCAAGCAAGGUAAUGGAAUGGGAUGACGACAAAAUUAAAUUUAUGAGUAUACCAAAACAUGUGCUGUCGUACGUCGAUGUUGGGAUCGAUAUACUGAUUGACAGCAAAAAUUCACCAUACUUCAAAGAGAAGGAUGGGUUGGAUGUCUCACAAGUUAUUGAUUUCCAUAACUUGGAGGGUAUGUUGCAUCUUGUGGCUGGCUACGAUGGGAAAGAUCGAGAGUUUGAUUGGAAAUCAAUAGUGAAGAGGAGGAGUUUGGCUUUGGCGAACAUGUGUGGUGAUCUUCUGAAAGAGAAGUACAAGAUACCUCAGUCAUGGUGGACUGAGAAGAACAAAGGAAUGGUGCUUAAUGAUAGUGGGGAUUGGGUUUUAUCACCAAUCGAUCAUGAUGAUCACGAUCUAUCGCCUACCAAGUAA